GGUAAACGAGGUAUGCAAGUCACAUGGUUGGGUCUUGCAUCGAAUGUAGGUCUUACCCUUUCCAAAGGCACAGCAGGCUUUAUUAUGAACUCGGCUUCCUUAUUGGCUGAUGCUGCCCAUUCACUCAGUGAUCUUUUAAGCGAUUUUGUCACACUGUAUACGUUUAAAAUGUCUAGAAAAGUGCCUGAUGCCAUUUAUCCGUAUGGAUAUGGCAGAUAUGAGACUAUCGGUUCACUUUCAGUGUCUGGAUUGUUAAUGGGAGGAGGUGUGGGUAUAGGCUUGCAUUCGUUUCAUCUGCUGUUGGCGACACUGGAUGGGACACUGGUGUCAUCAGGUGAACUGGACCCAAAUGCAGCCUGGUUUGCACUGGGUAGUGUUGUUAUCAAGGAAUGGUUGUACCGUAUCACAUACAAAGUGGGUAAAAGUGAACGCAGCGAUGUCUUGAUAGCAAAUGCAUGGCACCAUAGGUCGGAUGCUUAUUCAAGCUUCGUGGCACUAAUGGCUAUAGGAGGCACGUAUGCUGGUGUUCCUAUGUUUGACCCUUUAGGCGGCAUAGUUGUCUCCUGUAUGAUUUUAAAGAGUGGUGCGAUCAUGAUGAGUCAAUCAAGCCAGGAACUCUUGGAUAAAAGCAUAAGCGAGGACGAAUUGAAUGAUAUAAAAGCCAUUGUAGCCUCUGUCAAGGAAAAAGAACAGGAUUUAUUGGACUUUUAUUCUAUUCGUGGACGUAAAUUCGGGCCUUUUCAACAUUUGGAUUUAACUUUACAGCUAAACCCAGACCUGGCUAUUUAUAAAGCACAUGCGAUUGAACAACGUGUGCGACAGACGAUCAAGGCAAAAUGUGGUCAUGUACAAGAAGUGAUUAUUCAUAUUGACGCAGAGAAACAACCUAGACACUUUUAA